UCGCCUUCUUCACCAACAACCAAAGGCCCCGAAAUCUCAUGCGGACUCUAGCCCCAUUCUCUCCUAUAAAAACCCCACCUUUCCCUCCCCUUCUUCUUCGCCCCCAUCUCCCCCGCUUCCCCAGAUCCCUUCUCCAUCCUCCCAUCUCCUCCUCCCUUCCUCUCAUCCCCCCUCUAGCCGCCAUGGAUUCCGUCGCCUCCUGGGGCAACACCCCUCUCGUCACCGUCGAUCCCGAAAUCCAUGACCUUAUCGAACAUGAGAAGCGCCGCCAGUCCCAUGGCAUCGAGCUUAUCGCCUCCGAGAACUUCACUUCCUUCGCCGUCAUCGAAGCCCUUGGCAGCGCCCUUACCAAUAAGUAUUCCGAGGGCAUGCCUGGCAACCGCUACUACGGCGGUAACGAGUUCAUCGAUGAGAUCGAGAACCUCUGCCGCUCCCGUGCGCUCCAGGCCUUCCAUCUGGAUCCUGCCAAGUGGGGCGUCAAUGUCCAGCCCUACUCCGGCAGCCCUGCUAACUUCGCUGCCUACACCGCGCUGCUGCAGCCCCAUGAUCGCAUCAUGGGCUUAGAUCUCCCUUCUGGUGGUCAUUUGACCCACGGCUACUACACAGCCGGUGGGAAGAAGAUCUCUGCCACCUCGAUUUACUUCGAGAGCUUGCCCUACAAGGUCAGCCCUGUCACCGGGUACAUUGAUUACGAUAAGCUGGAAGAGAAGGCCUUGGAUUUCCGCCCCAAGCUGAUCAUCUGUGGUGGGAGUGCGUAUCCGAGGGAUUGGGAUUAUGCCAGGUUUAGAUCCAUUGCGGACAAGGUCGGUGCUUUGUUGCUCUGCGAUAUGGCGCACAUCUCCGGGCUUGUGGCCGCUCAGGAAGCUGCCGACCCAUUUGAGUUUUGUGAUGUGGUCACCACCACCACUCACAAGAGUCUUCGAGGCCCAAGGUCUGGUAUGAUCUUCUACAGGAAGGGCCCUAAGCCUCCAAAGAAGGGCCAACCUGAAGAUGCUGUCUACGACUAUGAAGAUAAGAUCAAUUUUGCAGUAUUCCCCUCCCUCCAAGGCGGUCCACACAAUCACCAGAUUGCUGCACUGGCUGUGGCCCUGAAACAGGCAAUGACACCUGGUUUCAAGGCCUAUGCCAAGCAGGUCAAGGCCAAUGCUGUGGCACUUGGAAAGUUUCUGAUGAACAAGGGCUACAAGAUUGUGACUGAUGGCACUGAGAACCACCUUGUGCUCUGGGAUCUGCGACCUCUUGGCUUGACCGGAAAUAAGGUUGAGAAACUUUGUGACUUGUGCAAUAUUACUGUAAACAAGAAUGCUGUCUUUGGGGACAGCAGUGCCUUGGCUCCUGGUGGUGUCCGAAUUGGUGCACCUGCCAUGACUUCAAGGGGUUUGGUUGAGAAUGACUUUGAACAAAUUGGAGAGUUCCUUCACCAGGCAGUGACCCUCACCCUGAGCAUCCAGAAGGAACAUGGGAAGCUCCUGAAGGACUUCAACAAAGGUUUGGUGAACAACAAAGACAUCGAAAACCUUAAGGCUUCAGUUGAGAAGUUCUCUGCCUCAUUCGACAUGCCGGGCUUCCAAAUGUCCGAGAUGAAGUACAAGGAAUAGGCCAGUACUACAACUCAGCUGACAAUUCAAAGGAAAUAUCUAUCCAUGGAUUUGUUCGCUUCUCUUGUUUAGAUGGUUUACAUUCAAAGUUAUCUUUUCUUUUUGUUUGCUAUCUUACUGAGGAGAUGUCUCUGAGAGACGCAGCUCAUGUUAACCCCAAACAUUGCACUCUUUGUUGUUAUUUUAAGUGAGUUAUAUCACCUUGCGAAAUAAACUUGGAAACUUUUCUCAAUUCAAUUCAUGAGAAGCUGCUUCUUGGGA